AUGAAAGCGUUUAUUUGGAUCAAAGCUAUUAAUGCAAAUAUCAAGUUAUGUGAAGAGAACUGGUGGAUUGACCCGAUUUCAUGCCUGUCCGUUCUUUCUGAAAAUCUUGUUUCCGAUUAUUGGCUUGCUCCUCGGAAUGGGUUCGGAGUUGUUUGCUAUGUUAAUAGCUCUGAAGUUUUCUCUGAGGCAGGGUGGUGUAGCUGCACUCCAUUACUGAUAGAAUCAGAUUGUCAGAUUCAGAAGAGCGCACAACAGUUUGCUGAAGCUGCAGUUCACGAGAUUGAAGUCCUUCGUUCUAUUGCUGAUGGAGACCCUUCAAACUCCAAGAGUGUGGUGCACCUGAUCGAUCAUUUUAAGCACACUGGCCCGAACGGCCAACAUCUGUGCAUGGUCCUCGAAUUCCUUGGUGAUAGCUUACUUCAAUUAAUCAGGUUUAACCGUUACAAAGGGCUUGAAUUGAAUAAAGUUAGGGAGAUCUGCAAAUGUAUUCUGAUAGCUCUGGAUUACUUGCAUAGGGAGCUUGGUAUAAUCCACACUGACCUAAAACCUGAAAAUGUUCUUCUCCUUUCCACAAUUGAUCCAGCCAAGGAUCCAAUUAGAUCUGGUCUUACUCCAAUCCUAGCGAGGCCUGAGGGGGGCACCCUAAAUGGCGGAUCUACGGCAAACAUCAUUGAGAAAAAAUUGAAACGGAGGGCAAAACGUGCAGUCGCUAAUAUAUCUAGUAGAAGAGGUUCAAUGGGAGGAGAAGCUCUAAAACCUGCAAGAUGUCUUGAUGGGAUUGAUAUGAGGUGCAAGGUUGUGGACUUUGGAAAUGCAUGUUGGGCUGACAAACGAUUUGCAGAAGAAAUUCAAACAAGGCAGUAUAGAGCUCCUGAGGUCGUACUUCAAUCUGGGUAUUCCUUUUCCGUCGAUAUGUGGUCAUUUGGUUGCAUAGCCUUUGAGCUUGCUACUGGUGACAUGAUGUUUGCUCCUAAUCUUCUUUGUUUGGAUAUGGGAAUAGAGCGGUGCAACAAUGAAAACAAUGUGUUCUAUUUUAAUGACAUGUUGCUUAGGAUCAUCUUAGUUUUAUCUUCUGGUUGUCAUACCAGAAGAGCUAUAAAAGGGGAACUAUUCUGGAUUGCUGUUGGAGGAGCUCGAUCAAAGGAUUUUGACAGGCGUGGGGAUCUGAAGAGGAUUCGAAGACUGAAAAAAGCGACCAACUGCGCAGCAGUGUCUGCAACACCCAUGGCUGAAUCUGAGGAGCUCGGAUGGCAAUCUAAGGUGGAUGCUGAAAUGAACAAACUUAAGAUUUAA